CGUCGAUUCGUGACGUGGGUGGGAUGGUCCACCUGCCAGUGCCUGAUACCGUUGAAUAACGACUCCGUCAGGCGCCUCGUUUCGCUAUACUCUCUGCGGCGUAUUUGAACACUUCCGCUACACUUAAGUUGUGACUGCAAGAGUAGCCUCUUGAUCUCCACAGCAUGUCCGGUUUUUUCUACGACGAGGAGUCGUACGGCUUUGACUCGGACUGGGACCAUGCGCUCGACACGAGUCUGCCUCUCACAACUGAGGUCCCUUCAAAUCCCCCCUUUCUCUGGUAUGGUGCCGAUGACUACGCUGUUUCUCCCGUGGACGACUUUUCGUUUGUUCAAUACGACUGGCCGGCACCUGGUCCCGAUUUGUCUCCGAGGACAGUAGCGGCGCAUGCCUACGAUACGUCGGUUACCUUGGCUGACGAUUCGUAUGCCAACAUUCCGUCAUACGUGUCUCAGCAAGAUCAAACGGUGCGAAGCCUCGAUUGGCAGCACACGCCAGGAACGCAUGAUCCAUCGGCCUAUACAUUGGACGUGCUUCAACGACCAACCGCUCACGGUCAUUCCUCCCAAGUUACUCCGCAUGGAUCAUCGCACGUGUAUCUAGAAAAUGCUACCGCUGCACCUCCCCUAUGCUGCAUCGGUGGGCGAUGUCAUCGCUUGGCUGACCUACUAGCACGCGACACGCAACAGCGACCGGUCACGACAAUAAAGAAACACCUCGAGGAUGAUCAUAAGCCAGUCAUCGAAUCCCACAAAGACCGCGGUGGCAAAAUUAUUUGUCCGUGGCUACUAGGAACACGAACAUGCGAAACGGCAGUCGCGGACAUGCAGCAAUUGGCGAAGCAUGUUGCCACCGUGCACCUUGGACUCUUCCGGAUCCGAUGUGAUGCCUGUCAUGGAUCUUUCUCCAGGAAAGAUGCGUUGAAACGCCACAAAGAUGAGGGACGGUGUCCCUACGGUUGAGUGCCCAUGACGCGUUCGCUGGAGAUAUUACCAGUGUUGGAGCAGGUCCUCCUUUACUUUGACUCGAUGUCGUGAGCCUUUCUCGUACUUGCCGAGUAUUUGAGUCGACAAUGUUA